AUGUCUUCUUUCAACAAGUUCCUCUUCACCUCAGUCCUUGUGGCCACCUCAAUCACGGCUGCCGUUCUUCCCACCAACGACAUACAAGUCAGCUCCAACCUCGAGGCUCCUACCACUAUCACCACCAGGUCUUCCCCAGUUCCCUCCAUCGACUGCGACCACAGCUGGUGCCAGGACGGAAAGUCCAUGUGCGCCUACUGGGCUGGAGUCACCGGCUACGACCCCUCUCUUGGACCAAUUCCUGGCGAGACCGUCACCCAGCUUGGAUCCUGCGCCACGCCUACCACCACCACUGAGAGCCUUGAGCCUCGCAAGGUUCAGGACGACAACGAGAUCCUCAUCACUCCCGCUCCUACUACUUCUGUCAACUGCCUCUACAACUACUGCGAAAGCAGCACCUCCUACUGCAUGUACUGGGCUGGCAUCACGGGCUACGAUAUCUCUCUCGGCCCCAUCCCUGGCAUGCAGCGCACCACGCUUGGUUCUUGCCAGGCUCCUGCUUCAGUUGGCACUGAUGGAGUUGCUCACUUUUCCGCCACUCCUACUACUAUGUCAACCGUCGCCAAGGAGACCAAGAGCUUGGAGAGCUUCUAA